AUGUAUGAUGGGAGGCCAGCAUUUGGACACAACAAAAAAGAGAGUCAUUUGUUUGUGACCCAUCCGUAUUCAACAAACAGCGACAGUGCAGAGCUGAGUCAGCCAAGGAAGCUGAAUGGAUCUAUUGUGGAGACUCCCAGCCACCAGGAUCUACACAGAGAGCUUCUGCUCAGUCACAAAAGAGGCCUGGUGCUUGAGGAGAAGCCUGAGCUGAAGAGAGUGCUGGAGCAGAGGAGACUGGAGCUCACCAGAGAGGAGGAGCAGGCUCAGCGCAGGCCCUCAGACCUGGAGAAGGAGCUCCGCAAGAGGCAGCAGAAGCUGCAAGAGUAUGAGCAGGAGGAGAUCAGGAGGCGGGAGGACCAGGAGAAGAUCCCUGAGUUUGUCGUGGUGAGGAGAAAACUGCGGCGCACCAAAACAGCUGACCUCUCGGGUGUGAUGGAGCCCACCAAUCCCUGAAGCCUCUCCCCAACCACAGCAGGCCUGUAGUCACCUUACCGCCCAGCCUGGAACAGUCGGAGCCGGAGGCUGGUGUUGCUAUUGAAAAGUAUUUGAUAGAGAAUGAAUUUUAACGCACACCAUGCAGGAUCUUCAUAUUUAGGGGAUGUUGUAAUUAGAGGAUGGAUACAUGUAUGAUUUACUUAAAUCCUCUUGAUUAUGGUAGUAUCCCAUUUUUAUUUUCUGAUGAUGGCUUGAUGGUGUUACUUCCGUUAGGUGUUAUGCAUACUAUAUUUUAGAUGUUUAUUAUCAAUGGUGUCUUAUGGUGUUUCUUGGUUUAUGGCAGUGGGGUACUGCUGUUUUGUUUGUUUCUUGCAAGGGUCAUGUUAUUGCAAUGUAUGCUGAAUUUGUAACUUCUAACUCUGCUUAAUGACAGAGGCCAAGUCUUUG